CGACUGAACGACUGAACGACUGAACGAUCGAGAGUUGAAGGCGACGGGAAAGCAAUGAGAUGAGGAAGGCAAGCGUUACGCAGCGCGCACCGGCGCAAGGCCAACCCCACGGGCCAAAGAUCAGUCAUGUCCCAGCUCGCCCUUCGCUCCUACGUCACUCCUCUUCAUAUAGCCGAGCAAGUACCCCCACACCCGAGGGUCCGGCCGAUAUACCCAACGAUAUCCUCGAUUCACUGAGAGCGUUUCCUUUGUUCCAGUCUGCGCCUGCCGAGUUUCUCCAGAACAUCGCGACGAGGCUGCGCACGCACGUAUUCGCAGCGCAAGAUGAGAUCAUCCAGGAAGGCGAAACGGCGAAGGCUAUGUACUUUAUUAUGAGAGGCGCGGUGAACGUAACGAGUAAGGAUGGCGAAAGUGUCUAUGCAGAGCUCAAAGCAGGCGCUUUCUUUGGUGAAAUCGGGAUCCUGUUCAAUGUCCCACGCACGGCGCGCAUCGUCGCAACUACGAGAUGUCUCUUGGUUGUGCUCAGAGCGGACGAUUUGCGCAAAGUCCUACCACGCUAUCCUGAUAUCGAAAAAUCAAUCCGCUACGAAGCCGAUGAACGCUGGGCGUUGCUAAACCAGCUCAAACAGCGACGCGUGAGUACCAUCUCAGCAUCAUUUAUUAGUAUACGUGAAAGCGUUUUGUCGCUCGACAUGUUCCGAAACCUACCAGACGAUAUUCUACACCAAAUUUGCUUGUCCGUCACGCCACACACCUUCAGACCUUUUACUCCGAUCGUGCAGCAAGGAACCAACGGUACCGAACUCUUCUUCAUCCUGAGCGGCCAGGUCGAAGUUGUCGACGAAACGAACCAGAAAACCCUAGCCCGACUGACCGCAGGCCAGUACUUCGGCGAACUAGCAAUCCUAGGCUUAUCCGAACGUCGUACAGCCACAGUUCGUACAGUCAACGCCGUAGACUGCCUCGUCCUCGGCCAAGAAGAAUUCCGGAAAUGUCGUGAACUACACCCCACAAUCUGGCGCGCCAUCGAGGAAGUCGCAAAAGAACGCAUGAACGAGACGCGACGAGACUUUCCACUCCUUACUCCUCCGCAGUCGACACAGCCUCUGGCACCAUCGGCGACGAUACUGAAGACGGAUGCGGAUCCGCUUGCGCCGCCACCGAUGGAGACGAGGGUUUUGAGGAGGUCGAGUUUGGCGCCGCCGGAUAGUAGUGUGGUAGCUCCUGAUUCGCGCGGGAGAGCAAAGGUGUUGCGACAAAGAUCGACUCUGCUAUCACACGCCGCCGGGAAUAAGCGCCCACGGUUCCGCCGGCGAUCAUCUGCGGUCACCUCAGCAGAAAUCGUACCAAGAGUAUUGAAAACAGAGAGUGAUAACACAGGCCUGUUGCCUCGAGGAAUCCUGGAGAAGAUAUUCAUGUACUUGGAUUUGCCUGAGAUGAUGCAUGCGCGCCAGGUCUGUAGAUCUUGGUCGCAUAUUCUCGCGGCUUCGCCUGCACUUCUUCCAGUUCUGGAUUUGGGUCUCUACAAUCGGAAGAUCACAGACACCUCCAUCGGUCCAAUCCUCGCCUUUGCGCAGAACCGCCCAAAACACGUCAUCGUGAGGAACUGUUUCCACCUUACGGAUAUUGGGUUCAAGGCCUUGUCGGCUGCAUGUGCUUCGAACGCCGUGACGUGGAAUAUGGCCAGUGCGUGGGAUAUCUCGAGCUCUGCCAUCGUCGAUGUUGCGCAGCGCGCGAAAGGUCUAGAGGAAGUUGAUUUCGGCAACUGUCGGAGAGUCGGAGACGCAGUACUGGCGAGAGUCGUGGGUUGGGAGAUACCGACUGUACCAUCAUCACUCGGAUCAGGAGGAGUGGUGAUAGACACGAAGAAGUCAACGAACAAUUACGUUGGGUGUCCGAAGCUGUCAAAGAUCAACUUGAGCUACUGCAAGCAUAUCACAGAUCGGUCAAUGAUGCAUCUUGCUACGCAUGCUUCGUCGCGUCUGGAAACGUUGAAGUUGACGCGUUGUACGAGUAUCACGGAUGCUGGGUUUCAAGCAUGGUCAAUGACGAGGUUCACGCGUUUGAGGGAGCUGAUAUUGGCGGAUUGCACGUUCUUGACGGAUAGUUCGAUUGUGUUUCUGACUACGGCUGCACCGUUAUUGCAGCAUCUCGACCUGUCAUUCUGUUGUGCUUUGAGUGAUGUCGCAGUGGAAGUGCUGUCAUUAGGCCUGCCAAGACUCGAAUACUUGAACCUCGCUUUCUGCGGAAGCGCGGUUUCCGACGCCAGUAUGAGAGCAAUCGGCUUACACCUCGGUAACCUUCGGGAACUCAGCGUACGAGGCUGCGUCCGAGUCAUGGCACCUGGGGUCGAAAGUGUCGUCGAUGGAUGCUGGCAAUUGCAGAGACUGAACGUCAGCCAGUGUCGCAAUUUGUUAUCUUGGGUACGAGGCGGUGGGAUUGAGAGGUAUACGGAAAUGGGGAAACGGGUCGAAUUUGUGCUCUGAGUAAUAGGCAUAUUGGGAAGGUGGGGUGUCAUAUUGAGUUGGUUAUUUAACAUCGGUAGCUGUUCGUGGGGUGUUCUUUUUCGGAAUCGGCUACUGGACAGGGCACUGGAGGAACACAUAUCAUGUACGCUUGAAUUUUUAUCGAUAUCAGUUAGUCCAUAGUAUCUCUUAUCAUCAAUCAUAACUUAUGCAACACCCGUCGUUACAUCCACUUGAUCAGACACACGAAGAGUUACAU